AUGAGUACGACGACGCGGAGCGAGGCUCCGGGCGCGGCCGAGCAUGCGUCCAAGAAGCCCAAGCUCGACUUCGAGAGCUUGUACCAGAACUCGCUGCAGCUCACGCGGGGCAUGGAGCAGCUCCCCUCCCUCCAGCGCAGCCUCGACCAGCUCCACGCGGUCACGAGCGCCAAGUCGCUGGCGGGCCCACCGACCGACGCCGCCUUCUCGAGCAACAAGGCGCAGUUCCUCUUGGCCGGCCGGGGCUUUGAUGCUGAGAAGCUUAGCCGCGAGCUCCGUCAGAGUGAGCUCAAGGCGGCGUACGAGCCGCGGGACACGCUCGUCGGUGUGAGCGACCUUGACGGAUUCCUGCGCCACCACCACGACAUGAUCGUUGUGACCGCGAUCGAAGAGACCAUGGCGGCGACGACCCGGGCCGCGCAGCAGAACGCGCUCAACACGCUCCACGAUGAGUUCCAGACGUCCAAGACGAAGCUCAUGGCGUAUCUGCAAGGCCGCCAGGCGCCGCUCGCGUACCCGCGCCCGUCCCCGUCGACGUCCGUGCCUCCGUCUGUCGUCGGGCUCACGGCCACGCCGAUGCCGGCGCCUCUUCAGAACAUCCCGAGCACGAUGACGGAAGCGAUGAAGGUCUACGCGACGGUCACGCAGAAGCUCGUGCCCCGCGCGGCCGCGACGUCGGGGGACGUCUUCCAGGCGUUCGAGACGAGCGCACAGAGCCUUGUCGCGACGGCGUCGGCGUCGACGCUCGAGCAAGAGACGCUCUGCAGCUGGGAGCUCCUUCAUCACAUGGUCAACUUUGAACGGGGCGCGCCGGCCAAGCUCUCACUCCAGUCUGCGUUUGCGUCGCAGGACGCGUCCUUGCUCCAGUCGCUCGCGGGCGGCGCACAGACCCACUUUGAGCUCCGAUACCGCCUCUUUAUCGAGAGCCGGAUCCGCCAGGAGCAGGCGCCGCGUGGUGGUGUCCCCGGCGUCAAGGCACUCGUGCAGACGUACACGCGCCACGUUCUGCGCACAACAAGCCUCUGGAGCGACGUCUACUACUGCCUUCGGACAGGCAUUGCCAGCGAUGCGCUCUCGCUUGUCGACGACGCGCUCAGCAAGGCGCCGGCCUCGACCAAGCUCCUCCAGCACGUCAAGAACGCGCUGCAGAGCAUUGUCCAGAAGCAGCCCGUCUCGGCACCCACCAAGGCCGCGAUGCGGGACGAGUGCGACCACCUGGCGACGCUUCUCCUGGCCGUGGACCCGGCUGUCGACAAAUUUCAAGUCGCGGUGUUGAACCUCCUGAGCUUCCACGACGCCUUUGCGCGCCAGGCCGGCGUCAUGGAGAACAUUGAAGACUUUCUCUGGCAACUGCAGUGGUUUGCUCACGCGUCAGAAGCCUCGCCAAGCGCGAUCGCGUCCAAGGUCGUGACGCUCAUCUCGCCGUCCGACUUUAACCACACGACGAUCUCGGGCGUCUUUGAGUACGUCCGCCUCCUGCUUGUCUGCGGCCAGUUUGACACGGCGGUCGAGUCGCUCGCGGCGAAAGGGUAUCUUGUCGAGGCCGUGCACUUUGCCUUGGCGCUCCACCACGUCGGCCUCUUCCCCAACCACAGCCUCUUUACGCGCCUCUUGCGGCAGUACGUGCACUCGUUCCAGCGCUCCAACCCGCAGGAAGCGGCCAUGUACAUUGCCUGCCACCAGUCGCUCGAUGACCGCCGUCUUCUGAGUGCGACGCUGCUCCUCGAUACGCUUGCGUUCGAGGUCCUUGGCGGCACGACGCACCCCUCGGAUGCAUCCCGGACGCCCGGUGCGCUCGACCAGUACCUCGACCGCAACGAGGUCCGCGACAUUGUGCUCUACACGUCGCACAUGGCGACUGACCAAGGUCGACCCUCGGAUGCGCUCAAGCUCCUCACGCUGGCCGGCGAUGUCCAGAGCACCAUGGUAUUGUUGAACGCCCAGCUGGCGGCGACGCUUUCGACGCCGGACCGCCAAGUGUGGCUCAACCACGCGCGGACGUUUGCCGACACGUGGCUCCGGUCGGCGUGGGCACUCGAGAUCGUGCUCAACCAAGCGCGCGUCGCGGCGCAUGCGUUCCAGACGCUCAUGAACUUUGGGCUUUUCCUCGAGAUCCUCGACAGCAAAAAGUACAGCGACGGCCUCGCGUUUGUCGAAGCGCUUGCGAUCGUGCCGGCGCCAGGCAGCGAACAGGCGAGCGCGGACCGGUUCGCGGACCUCGACGCCCAAGUGCAGCGCAACUUGCACCUUGUGCUGCUUGGGUACAUGGAGUGCCUCGUCGAAGAGAUGAAGCGCUGGAAACAGUCGAUCUCGGACCUCGAGACACAAAAGCAAAUGUGCCAGCAGCUCCGUGCCAAGGCCAAGGCCGUCGUCUCGUUCACGGGCAUGAUCAACGUCCGCCUGCCGCUUGGCACCAACGAACGCCUCAACCAGCUCGAGAUCCGCAUGAUGUAG